GAAGUGGGUGCUCCCCUCCCUACCCCGAGAGCUCGAAUGAAUCCUUGCAACUACGGAUCGACUGCAGGUGCCAAGCCAGCCCGAGCCAUGCCGCCCGCCAUCACCAGCCUCGUCUCCUCCCCGGCCCCCGCGUGCUGCCUUCAGCUCCAUCGAGUCCUCCGGCCCGCCCUACUCCCCUCUCCAGCAAGCCUCCGCCUCCGCCUCCGCCUCCGCCCCCUCCGAGCCGAUUCCUCCUCCUCCUCCCCCUCGCCAGACGCCUUUGCUGGCUGGUCAGAUGGGGAUGAACAGGACGAGCAAGACAAGGCCCCAGGGCCAUUUCGAGGGCUUCUAGGACCUGGACUUGCUGGACUCUUCUUUGUUGCCGGGGUCACCUUCGCUGCAAUUUCUCUGAGAAGCAAUGGCGCAAACGGACCUAGGAGACAAAUGGAAACCUUGUCUACAAAGAUUGAGAAGGCACCUUACUCCAGUGAUAAUGAUAACACCUGUAAAGAGGAUUGUCUCAAAGAUGCUCAAGUUUUAUUACCAAGUGAUGAACAAAGCUUGGACGAUGAAGCAUAUAGUUGCACUUACUCGCUGCCUGCUCAAGUAAAUGGGAUUUCGAAGGGAUCAACUAAACAUGAGACACAGCAUCCCUUGCAAAGCACUGAGCAAGUUCCUCAUGACAGAUAUGUUCCUAAUGAGGGUGCAGGUCAAGAGGACGAUCUAGUUGCUUCUGAUGGGGCUGAAAGCCUGGUGUCUCCUUCGUCAAACUCUGCUGAGCCCACCGGUGUUGCUUAUGACUCAUCUGACAAACUUUAUGGUGUAGAUCCCUCUGAGGGAACUCUUUAUGUAGAAGACACAUUAGACUAUGAAAUUACUUUGCCAGAAAACCAGCAUCUGGAUGAAACCUUUACAUCCGAUACAAUGAUGUUAGAUUCAGGUGAUGCUACGCCUAUCCAGGGAAUCUCAGACACUGUAGUUGGGGGUGCAUGUGAUGCAAAGGAGAAAGAUAGUGAGCAAAAUCCUGUCCUUCAUAGGAAAAAUGACAUUUCUUCGUCAAGGUUGCCUGAUUAUACAGAAUAUGGAAAUGCUGAUGAGAUGCUUUCAUUUGGCUCAAAUGAUGUGUCCAUAGAGUCAAAUAAGCUAGGAAAUCAUGUGGGGACUAUAGCAUCCUAUCAAAAUGAAGGAAUAAAUGCAUUGGAAAAUCAGAACAUUUUAAAUGAGUCUACAACACCUGGCAAAUCUUUCUCCUCUUCUGGAAUUCCUGCCCCGAUGCUGCUCUCCGCAGCUCUACGGGUGCGCACUGGGCAGAUUAUGGUUCCAGCGGCAGUUGACCCAGCCCAGGCAAAUGCGUUGGCUGCACUACAGGUUCUAAAGGUGAUUGAACCUGAUGCUCAAGCUGGUGACUUAUGUAGCCGACGUGAAUACGCUCGAUGGUUGGUGAUCGCAAGCAAUUGCCUUUCAAGGAACACUUCCUCUAAAGUGUAUCCAGCAAUGUAUAUUGAGAAUGUGACUGAACUUGCGUUCGAUGAUAUCACACCAGAAGAUUCUGAUUUUCCAUUUAUACAAGGCUUGGCAGAAGCUGGAUUGAUUUCCAGCAAGCUUUUGAGUUCUGAUAUGAAUGUUCCCCAAGAUGUUGACAACAGACAUAAUAUGUUUUCUCCAGAAUGUCCUGUGUCACGUCAAGACCUCGUGAGUUGGAAGAUGGCUUUGGAAAAAAGGCAAUUACCAGACGUGGACAAAAAUUCCAUGUACAAAGCAUCUGGAUAUAUAGACGUUGAUAAAAUAAAUGCAGCUGCCUGGCCUGCUUUGGUGGCUGACUUGGGUGCUGGAGACCAGAGCAUUACUGCUCUUGCAUUUGGUUUUACAAGGCUCUUCCAGCCGGAUAAACCUGUGACGAAAGGACAAGCAGCCCUAGCACUUUCAACUGGUGAUUCGGCUGAGGUGGUUAUGGAAGAGCUUGCUCGUAUUGAAGCAGAGAAAAUAGCUGAAGCUGCUGUAAAUGCACAUGGUGAACUGGUUGCUCAGGUUGAGAAAGAUCUUAAUGCUAGUUUUGAGAGAGAGCUUAUAAAAGAAAGAGAAAAAAUAGAGGCGCUUGAAAAGUUAGCUGAAGAAGCUAGUGCUGAAUUGGACAAGUUGAGGGAAGAAAGAGUAGAAGAAAAUAAUUCUCUGAUUAGGGGCAGAGCUUCUGUUGAGUCUGAAUUGGAAGUUCUCUCAAAAUUGAGGAGUGAGGUAGAGGAACAGCUGCAGACUGUACUGAGCAAGAAGGUGGAGAUCUCUUUUGAGAAGAAUAUGAUCGACAAGCUCCAAAAGGAAAUAGAGAAUGACAGACAGGCUGUUGUGCAGCUUCAAUAUGAACUUGAAGUUGAGAGGAAGGCUUUAUCAAUGGCCCGGGUUUGGGCAGAGGAUGAAGCAAAGAAGGCCAGGGAGAAUGCAAGGGCCCUUGAGGAAGCCCGGAACCAAUGGGAGCGUCAUGGAAUCAAAGUUGUUGUUGAAGGAGGUCUUGAAGAUGAUGCAUCGGCUGGAGUCACAUGGGCAAAUGCUGGCAAAGAGCAUCAAGUCGACGAAGCAAUUAAUCGAGCAGGGUCUUUGCUUGAGAAACUGAAGUCAAUGUCUGCUGAGAUGAAAGUCCGAUCUCACCAUGCUCUGGAGAGAGUAGUACAGCAUGUGAGAUCUUUCAUAUCAAGCCUAAAGCAGAGAGCAGCAGAAGCAAGGCAACGAUGCACAGAUCUAGGGGCAGCUACAGCUUUAAAGGCAAAGCAGUUGUCAUCCGAAGCACAGUGCAGCGUCUACGCGUUUGGUUCCAGCGUUGGGGAUAAGUCCAAGAGGGUGGCGGAAGACUGCAAAGAGGGCCUAGAGAAGUUUGCGCACAGAUUCAAGACAGACUAG